GUGGAAUGCAAGGCUAUAUUCAGUGCUCAGUCCGUAUCUGCAGAUUCCUAUGUCACACUAGAUAUUUAUCUCAGGUAAUUUGAUUCGCUUAGACUAUAGUUGUAUACCAAGGCUAUGUGUGUUUGCUAGUUGGCUACGCUUUAGUAAUUCAGAAAAUUGUCUAUAAAUUCUCAGUCAUAUUGAUUAUAGAGAUGUCUGACUUUCUUUAUUUCUUUCAAAAACAGAACGACCUGUCCAUUUCCGAUACGUUUCAACAGUCUGUCUGUAUUAUUCAACAAUCCGAAUUACAACUCCUUGUGUGUCGUGAACGGUGCAAACAAUUCUGACGUCUCUGAAGAGGGCGACCUGUAUCUGGAACCGAAGAAGAUAAAAAAGAUCACAUUCACUUUCACUCCUCUUCCUGAAGAUGUCGGCAAGCAUAUCGAGGUUUUUAUCAACUCUGCUUUUUAUUCCAAGUAUUUUAUUUAUGUUGGAUGUUUCCUAUCAGUUCUUAACUGUUCUCCAUAGGGGUCCAGGAGGAAACCUAAACUAAAC